AUGUGGGUUUGGUGGCUCACGAUAUCGCUUAUUUCCGCGUCAGAUAUACCUAAAACCUUCCACAACUACCCACAGACUCCAUAUGACACUAGGGUAAGUAAAUCAACGGCUUUUUUCUGAUUUUAAAUGGUUUUUGAGUUUUUAAACUAUAAUUUUGUCAGAACCCUUACCAGUACCCAUGUAGAGCAAGUAGUACGUCAGAAGAUCGUUUGUCUCAAAUGCUUUCAAACUGUAGUCAAAGUCGUGUAGUAAGAUACUGCAAUCUAACACCAGUUUGUGUGUUUGCACGGUUUUGGCUAACAGUUUGAGUGCUGUAUAAUAUCUUGCAUUUUCUACUUUUUUAACCUAAACAUUGUACCUAAAUAGUAAAACUAUACGUCCCAUUUGUAUUCUACCUUUUGUACCACAUUUUUAGCAAUAAGAAUUCAAUAAUUACUAAUGCAAUUAUCAUUUCAGCAACAAUCUUACGACCCCACACUACAAAACGUACCACCAGCUUCAAUAUCAUACGUUCCUGUUCAGGCAGACCCUCAACAACCUCAACUACAACAACCAAUCCAGCCAAUUCAGCCCAUCCAACCUCGAACUCCGGCUCCGAAUCGUGGUCCACAACCAAAUGGCCACAUGUUGGCCCUACAACAACAAGGAGUUCAAACACCACCAUACCCACAAGCUCCAGAAUCCUACAGUCAGCCUCCAGCAGCCGACUACACUUCUCAACAAUUCCCUGCCGCUUUACCGCCCACACAACAAAACGUGGCAUCGUUAACGCAGGUUGGACAGACGAACCCACAAGGAAUGAUCAGCAGUGGGGCGGCCUAUGUUACUUCGGCCGAAAUGGAACAACAGUUGGAAUUGCAGCGACAACAACAAGCAAAAGCUGACGCCGAAAGAGCUAGAGCUGCGUUAGAAGCUCAGAGGGAGAAGAUCGAAGCCAAGCAAAGACAGUUGGAAGCUGAAAGAAGGAAACAGGUACAGUUAUAUAAAAAACUAUAUUAAUACUGUUAUAGAAAAUUGUAAGUAUCAAAAACUGCCAAAGACAUCUAUAUAUAAACUUACCUGGCCUUUGAAAACAUUUUUUUACAGGAAGAAGAACGAGAAGCCUACAUCCGCCGCCAACAAGAAGAACAACAACGUCAAUAUCAACAACAAGUCAGCUAUCCUCACCAACCAAACCCAAAUGUCCCAUCAGAUCAACACGCCGCCUUAUCUCAACUAUCAAACCAACAACUUGAAGAAUAUGCUCAAAGACUGCGAGAACAGAUCUCGAGAGAACAAUCAAAACAACCAGCUUCAGCUAUGGUACCACAAACACUGCCAGUUCAAAUGACCAUGGCCACGACUGCUGCUCCUGUUACUCAAGCCCUGGUUGUUGCUGAACAAACGACAGUUGUUCCGGUUGUUGAGGGAUUUGGGUAGGUUAUUGGCGUUUAAAAUCGAUUGAAAAUUCAUGGUUAAUAUAGUUAUGGACUGAAAAAAUUAUUUUUGAUAAAGGAUUCAAUUUUAAAAAAUUGAAUUAAACCAUCAGUUGACAAACCUACAAAGCCAGAAGCACAAAAAAUUUCAAGCUUUUAUCUAAUUUAAAAAAAGUUAUAUCCAAAACUAAUCUUGUUACCUACAAUUAACUAUUCUUCAGCCAACCCACAGACCAAAGCCAACCACAACCCCUCCCUCCACCGCCAUAUCCAGGAGUACCACAAAUCCCACCCAAGCCCACACACGAGAUCAACUACUGUGAUCGAGGCCAAUUCGACGACAAACAAUUAGCUGAUCUACACCUGAAACGAGCCGAUUAUUUCAUCUACAACACAAGUUGCUCUGGCCUCUUCUUCCAAUGUGCUAUCGGCCAAACGUUUGUGUUGAGAUGUCCAAGUGAGCAAGCUCAAGCAUUCGACCCAGCCAUUUCCAGUUGUAACUUCAAGAACUCGGUCAGAUUCUGCCCGGAAUACGACCAUGUUCUACAUUGUAGUAAGUUGGAGAAAAUUAAUUUAAAAAAUCACGAAAAUUAAUCUAAAUUAAUAUAAAUUUUUUAAACUGAUGGAGCACGUUAUUUACGACAAAAAACUACACUUUUCAAACCAAAAAUAUCUAAUUUUUGGAUAAAAACAUUAAUUUCUCAAAGAAAGCUGCGCCCGCGACUUCUGCAAACUGCGGGUUGCUCGUUUGGCUUCCUCGUGGCCCAAUACCUAAAAAUUAUUUAAAAAAAAAUAAAAUACGAAAAAUCAAAAGUGUGGGCUAGACAUGAGCAACGGGCCGGGCCGGCUCGGCCGGGCCCUACCUUCGGGCCGGGCCUGAGCAAAAUCGAAAACGGGCCGGGCCUGAAAUCUAGGCUCGGCCCGCGGGCCGGGCUUGAAAAUUGGGCCCGGGCCCGAAAAAAAAUUUUUUUAAUUUUUUAAAAUUUUUUAUUUCAAUUCCGGUUUAUGUUUUUCGAUUUUAUUGGAUUCUACGAUCCAUAAAUGACCUAAAAAACAAUUUAAAGCCAAAUUUCCUUAAGUUUUAAAAUUUUUUAAAUUUUUUAAAACGGGCCGGGCCGGGCCUAGAAUUUUUCUGAUCGGGCCGGGCCUGUUCAAAUCAAAAACGGGCCGGGCCUAAAUUUUAAAUUUUAGGCCCGGCCCGGCCCGUUGCUCAUGUCUAAUGUGGGCGGUAUUUCCAUAACUAUCUCUUUAGCAAUCCGCGAAACCUGCACAGACGACCAGUUUGCAUGUUGUGCUCUGCCGCAGAAGUGCAUUGAAUACACUAGACGUUGCGAUGGUCACCGUGAUUGUUCUGAUGGAGAAGAUGAGAAUAAUUGUCGUACGUUUAUCUUUAAAAUUUGACUAUGAUUUACUUAUCCAACAGCUUGAAAUUUUCUCUUCGUCUUUACCCUACAUUUAUGGAAAAAAUAGGUAUAAACUAUGCAAAAAGAACGUAAAAAGGUAUGACAUUUUGAAAUACUAAAGCAAAAUGUUUCAGCUUCAUGUGCAAAAGAUGAAUUUGCAUGUGUGAAAAGUGGCAUUUGUAUACCAGCCAAGAAACGAUGCGAUGGUAAGCCCGAUGACUGUGGAGAUGGUACCAAUAUGGAUGAAAUUGGCUGUAGUAAAAACGAAAGUAAGCAUUUAAAAUUUUUUUCAGUAUUAACAUAACCUUUGAAACAUAACGCUAUAUUUGGAACAAGCUCAGCCUAAUUUUACAACAAUAAACAGUAAUACACUGGCUAACAACAAUGUUAUACUUCCUCUUUCAGCUUGCUGGGGCAAAUUCGUAUGUGACAGUGCAGAUACGACGUUACAAGUAGGUCAUUCGGUAUGUCUGGAUUAUGAAAAACAUUGUGAUGGUGUGAAAGACUGUCCAGGUGGUGAAGAUGAAGUCAACUGUAAACUAAACGAUGCCAAGUACUUAUCGUGCGAGAAUCAGAAGCAGCAAGUACGAAAGGAGCAAUGGUGCGAUGGGCGAGAAGACUGCGCCGACGGGUCUGAUGAGAAAUACUGUUUCUAA